GGAGCCAGAGCCAGAGCGCGGGCACCGCGGAGCGGGCGGCGGGAAGGCAGAGGUGUCCGGCGACCCGCCGCCCGGCUCAGUCCCCGAAAGACCCAGGCCCCGCACGCCCUCCGGAGCCAGAGGGAGCCGGGGACUGUGCAGGUGAGCACCCGCCGCCCGCCUCCACCGUGCGCAGUCCGAGGUGAGCCCCGGAGGAGAACGCGCCCACUGGAGAUCCAGCCCAGCAUACUCCGCACAGAGCUCACUUGUGUCUGGAACCGCGGACGCACCAGGAAGCGUCGGCCGGGAGCCAGCGCGGGCAGCCGGGCGACCGGGCGACCGGUCCCGGAGGGCUUGGGAAGCCUGGCAGAGCGGCCACGCGCCGAGCUAUGAGCCGGGCGCAGUAGCAGAAGGAGCGGGCUGCAUGGAGCGCGCUGGGGCGCGGGGACAGCGCUGUGGCCGGCGCCCGCCUGGGCUCCCGCUCGCGCUCCGACUGGCGCUGCUGCUGGCAGGGUCGCCGUCGGGCCGCGCGGGGGCUCCCGAGGAGCAGGAGACCGCAGCGUCCGGUACCGUGGCACCGGCGGGAGGCGACCGCUGCCGCGGCUAUUACGACGUGAUGGGCCAGUGGGACCCGCCCUUCAACUGCAGCUCGGGCGUCUACAGCUUCUGUUGCGGCACGUGCGGCUACCGCUUCUGUUGCCACGACGGCCCGCGCCGCCUGGACCAGAGCCGCUGCUCCAACUACGACACACCGGCCUGGGUGCAGACUGGCCGGCCGCCCGCCCGCGCCCGUGACACCGCCGCCCCGCGCGACCCGGCCCGCGAGCGCAGCCACACUGCGGUCUACGCGGUGUGCGGUGUCGCCGCUCUACUCGUGCUGGUCGGCAUCGGGGCGCGCCUGGGCCUGGAGAGAGCGCACAGCCCCCGCGCUCGGCGCACGGUGACCAGGACACUGACAGAACUUCUCAAGCAGCCAGGCCCCCAAGAACCACUGCCUCCGCCUCUGGGUCCACCCUUGGGUAACUGCGUCCAGGUACAAAUGGGUGACGGUGUUCUCCGGGGUUCUCCCCACAACAGCACAGACAAGAAACGCCUCAAUAAUGCGCCUCUGGGGUCCGCCACCCCGGGACCCCCGCGCGGCCCGAGGCUGCAGGGUGGUGGCAGCCUGACGUUGCAGCCUGACUACGCCAAGUUCGCUACCCUCAAAGCAGCUGCUCUCAAGGCCACAGAGGCUGCACCCCAGGACUUCUACCAACGUUUUCCCUCUACCGAGACGGGCCCGCGGACCCUCCCUGCGCGGGUUCCGCGGCCUCCGGAGGACUUGCCUGCGCUGCUCGACGCCUGUCCCUGGGCCCCUCCGGGUUAUGUACCUCCGGCCGGUCCCGUCUCGUCGGUCCCUUAUGCUGCCUGGACCGCGGGCCGCCCCGCGAGGCCGCUUCCCCGUAGCCACUUGGUGGCUCAGGUCUCCCCGGCGCCCCGGCGGCCCAGCCACGCGCCACGGCGUCAGUUCAGCGUGGAGAAGCUGCCCGAAGCCUUCAGCGCGCAGCAGGCGAGCUUUUACAGCAGCGCAGGCAGAGGACCCCGGCACCUGAGCACCAACAGCAAAGCCGAGGUCACGGUCUAGAGCGGAACCAUUGGAGCCUUCUGCAGGGUCCUGGGCCCCAGGUCAUGCUGUUGCACUGCAGGCUUGAAUCCAAGCAGAAACGAGGACAUUCGGAGCCUGUGGCUAAAGGGCCAAAAGGGUAGAACCAGGUGUUCUAUCCUUGGGAACGUAGGGCUAUCCUUACCUGUGUAAAUAAACCCUCUAAUGUGGUUCCUGUCCCAAGGGGAUUAUCAGUCAUUGACUGGGCAGACAGCAGUGCAAACCAGAGAGAAGUGGCCAGAGAGGAUGGCUGGGUCGAAUGCCAACCAAUGCUCAGAGCAGAUGGAGCCACAGUCAUCCAAAGGUCUGGGUUCAGGGGAGAGCGGGCUUGUUACCCCUGUGGGGGUUCAUGUGCUCUACCAGAGGCUAGCCCCUCCCCACCCCGCAGCUGAUCUCUCACUCAACAGUUUUGAGUUAGCCCAGCCUGGCUGACCGUCAUUGACACAGUCUGGCCCAGGGCCGGCUCCUGGCUUGCAGGCUGCUUGGCCAGAUUGGCCCAGGGCCACCCCCCUAAUGGGUGUGGGCCACAUGGACAUCUGGUGCUCAGGAUAGAGGAGGCUCCUCCCAGGAGCUGCUCUGGGUUAAGGGGGAUGGAGAUGUUGGAAUGGGAGCCCGGUAAUGCCCCUCCCUUGGGGUGCUCCCACUGCAUAGGCUUGGCCCCGUCAGCUCUCUCCCUCUUCUUGCCAGAGGCUCCCAGUACCUGGCAGAGGCCCAGGGUACUGUCGGCGCCUGUUUGCAAGGUCCUCAGUUCCAUAUUCUGGUGUGUGUGGGGACACCCUGGCUACAGCCAGGUGAGGUAUAUGACCUCAGUGAAACCACUCCCCUGUGUUCCUCAGGGAUGGCACACUGAACAACAGCCACCAUAUGCUACUGUUUCUUAUUUAACGGGAAGAGACCUACAGGGCUUUGUGCAAAUAAAGGAAGGAAG